GCUGCUGUUGCCGUUAGCUUUGUUGUUUUCAUCCUCAUCAUCAUUGUUGUUGUUGUUGUUGUUUUUGGCACUUCUCCGUUGUGCGCCGAAAAACACUCUUAGGCACUCUGUGUGCCAUCGUCUCGGCGCACAUUCGCGCACGGGUUUCAGCUGAAAAUGGACGUUUCGUGAGCGCUUUGGGGCAAAUUGCGAUACACCGAUACUGGCUUUAUUUUUUUAUUGAGGCUGCUUUAUCCCUGCUUGUUGUGAAAAAUAUUAUAUAUAUAAUCUAUAUAUAAUCGUGUUGUUAACAAAAACCGAAGUGUGAUUAAAGCAAAAUAAAGUGAUUAAAAACCAAGAAACAACCGCGCUGUGCAAUACAUCUACAAAAACAACCCAACAAAAACAAAUAAAUUUUUCUACAACUCUCCUACCCAAAACCCCACACAAUAAGUGUGUAAGCGUCAGCAACAACACGCAAUCGUAGUAUUUGACCGCAACAUGGCUUGGGGUUACUGGAGCGCCACUACAGUAGAUCGUGGACGUUCGCCACGACGCAAUACGCAAUGUACACCGUUACCGGUGAAUUUGAUGCAACAAGAAGAGGACAACAGCACGCAAAAUGCGUCAGCAGCCGCUGCAGCCUCGGCAACGAACAGCAAUACCGGCAAUGGCAGCGGUGGUGGCGGCGGUGGCAACUCGAAUACUUGCCCGAAUACACCAUCCGGCACGCAAGCGAAUCUCUGCUACAGUCCAACGUGUCGCAGUCGCUGCAGUAGUCCCUGCCCGGGCAGUCCGUGUCCGGGUAGUCCAUGCGGCUCGAUAACACCGCCACCGCCGCCACAAUUGACAUCGUCGCAACAGCAUUUGCAUCAGCAUUCGAAUAAGAAUUGCCCGGCCGCACAGCAAAUACUCAAUUUGGAUGAUUAUCCGUCGCGGCGGCAAUCGUUGGAUCGGCUGGAUAGUCCACAGUCGAAAUAUUUUGGUCUGCAGGCCAAUCAACUGUCGGAUAUAUUGUGUCGCGGCGCCGUCGUCUCAUCCAUACAAUCGGCCAACAACACGUUGACGCGCGGCGUCUCACUGCACAGCCGCAGCGGUAGCGCCCACGGCAGUAUUCAUGGUGGCAGUCAUCACGGCAGCUAUGGCGGCGGCGUCGGAGGCGGUGGAACUGGCAGCGCGCACGGCUCCAUGGGAUGUCUGCAGGGCAGCAUGGGACAUUUGAUGGGCGCCGGUGGCAUUGGCGGCGGCAUGGGUGGCGCUAGCACCAGCGGCAGCGUCGGCAUGCUGUCGGGCGCAAUUGAUACCGGCGACUAUGAUGUACCGCAUCCGCAUCCCUAUACGCAUCAUUAUAUGCAGACAUCGACAUCGAUAACGCCGCCACAUUCCACAAUGAGUUUGAUCGGUUCACGACCCGGCUCGGCCGGUGCUUGUCCGGGUCAUGAUUCGGGCUCAGACUCGAGUCAAGGUUGCGGCUCUACAAUGGGUGGUGGCAUCGGCGGCGGUGGUGUUGUACAUGGCAUGGGCGGCAUGAGCAUUGGCAGCGGUCAUGCUGGCCAUAUGAUGGGCGGUGGCGGUGGUGGUAUUGGUGUUGGUGUGGCCAUGGGCAUGGGCAUGAUUGGCGCUGCUGGCAUGAGUGGUCAUCAUCAUAGCGGUGGCAGCGGUUCGUUGGGACGCUGUUCUAGUCGUUGUCAUAAUACAAUGAAUACAACAACAAACACCACCACCACCACCACUGAUGAUUCGGGCGGUGGCAGCGGUGGUAGUGGUGGCAGCGUUUUCAUGGGCAGCUGUCGCAUGGGCCCAGCCACGAGUGGUGGCGUCGGCCUUGGUGUCGGUGUGGGCGUUGUUGGCAUCAAUGUCGGCGGUGGCGGCAUGGUUGGCGGCAUAAUGGAGAAUCCACAUCGCAGCAGCUUGCACGGCAGCGAAGGUAGCGGCUUAAAUGUGUGUGGCAUGGGCGGUAGCGGUGGCAGUGGCGGUAGUGUUGGUGGUCGCAGCAGCACACUCGGCACCAUACAUAAUGGACAUCAUCAUCAUCAAUAUCACCAUGAAUGUAUACACUACGAGCGUCUACCUAUACCUGUUCCUAUACCGACUGUGCCAAUACAACAGCAACAGCAACAACACUUGCAUUCCGAAGAAGAAAUCGAACCAGCCUAUGCAACAGUAUUUCCAAAUGUACCUUCUGCACCUGGCCUGUCCUGUGAUGGCGAAGAUCGCAGCAUCUACAGACGUGGCGCACGCAGAUGGCGCAAACUCUAUCGAGUCAACGGACACAUUUUCCAAGCCAAACGCUUCAAUCGACGCGCCUUCUGCGCUUACUGUCAGGACCGCAUCUGGGGCUUGGGACGGCAAGGUUUCAAGUGCAUACAAUGCAAAUUGUUGGUGCACAAAAAAUGCCAUAAACUCGUACAGAAGCACUGCACCAACGAACAUGUGGAGCCGUUAGUGAAGGAGCGUGACGACGCUUUCGCCGAACAGCUGCCGCAGGUGUUGCCACCGUUGCCCGAUUAUGCGUCGCAGGCGAGUGGCAGUGGUCACAGUGGCAUGGUGGAUGCCAGCGAUCCGUUGGCAGCGCUUGAACUACAGCCGCACGAUGGACAGUUGCAGCAGCAACAGCAACAACAUCAAAAUAUUGAAGAACAAUUGGAGCCGGGCACUCAACGGCAAUACUCCAUUAACGAUUUCGAAUUGAUACGCGUCAUUGGACGUGGCAGCUAUGCCAAGGUCUUGAUGGUCGAACUGAAGAAUACCGGGCGUAUUUAUGCCAUGAAAGUGAUUAAGAAGGCGCUCGUCACCGACGAUGAGGACAUCGAUUGGGUGCAAACGGAGAAGCAUGUCUUCGAGACGGCAUCGAAUCAUCCGUUCUUGGUCGGUUUGCAUUCGUGCUUCCAGACACCGUCACGUCUAUUCUUUGUGAUUGAGUUUGUGCGCGGCGGUGAUCUUAUGUUCCAUAUGCAGCGACAACGUCGUCUACCCGAGGAGCAUGCGCGCUUCUAUGCGGCGGAAAUCAGUUUGGCAUUGAACUUUUUGCAUGAGAAGGGCAUUAUUUAUCGUGACUUGAAGUUGGACAAUGUCCUGCUCGACCAUGAGGGUCACAUUAAGUUGACCGAUUAUGGCAUGUGUAAGGAGGGUAUACGUCCCGGUGACACGACCUCCACCUUCUGCGGCACACCCAACUAUAUAGCGCCGGAGAUUUUGCGUGGCGAAGACUAUGGUUUCUCAGUGGAUUGGUGGGCGCUGGGCGUGCUAUUGUACGAGAUGUUGGCCGGCCGUAGUCCAUUCGAUAUAGCCGGCGCAUCGGAGAAUCCCGAUCAGAACACUGAAGAUUAUCUGUUCCAAGUGAUUUUGGAAAAGACCAUACGUAUACCGCGUUCGCUGAGCGUCAAGGCCGCGUCUGUAUUGAAAGGUUUCCUUAAUAAAAAUCCAGCUGAUCGCUUGGGUUGCCAUCGUGAGUCCGCUUUCAUGGACAUUGUGAAUCAUCCGUUCUUCAAGAGUAUCGACUGGGAAAUGAUCGCACAAAAGGAGGUACAGCCACCAUAUAAGCCAACAUUUGAUCCUGGCGAUCCAUAUAUGGCCACAAAUUUCGAUACGCAAUUUACUAGGGAGCCAGCCGAGCUGACACCAGAUGAUCCUCGUGUCAUUGACAAGAUAGAUCAAUCGGAGUUCGAAGGAUUCGAGUAUGUGAAUCCGCUGCUGAUGUCCUUAGAGGAUUGCGUCUGACACCACGAGUCAUGUGAUUUGCAUCCCUAUAAUAUGCGUUUGUAUGGCGAGGACUCCAGUGAUUAUGACUCAGUAGCUGAUGAUUUAAGUAUUUUGCAAUUGCACGCACCGCCACCAACAACCGCUAACAAUAAUCUAACGAAUAUACGCAUGCAGCAGCAACAACAACAACAUUUACAACAACAUCACCAACAGCAGCAUCAACAAAUGCCGCCGCUAAAUCAGAAUCCCAAUCAUAGUCAGAAUAAUCAUCAUAACGGUAACAAUAAUAAUCAUAAUCAUAAUUCCAAUAAUAAUAAAAGUCUACUGCAGCACAUGUUUUGCCUUCCAUUAAAUUAAAGUAAACAAGAAAAUUGCAGAAACAAAAAGUAAAAAAACAAAAAAUAAUGAAAACAAAAAUAAUAAAAAAAGCAAACAGUAAAUCAGAAACCAAUAAUGUCAAGCAUAAAGUGAAAGUAAACAUUGAAGAUGCAAGUAAGAAACGAAAAAUAAAAACAAAAUA